UACUAACCAUUCAAUAGUUUCUUAAUCCCAGCGGAAGUUGCUUUUUGUUUUAAUGAACGUAACAAUUUCUUGCAUCCGCCCGAUGGCCAUAAUACCAAUUUCAAAAGUGUAUAAACUUGGUCAAAUUAUGCGAACUUAGUUAUCUACCUGCAAUUAGCGUGAGUAAUGAGUCAGUUCCAGACAUGAAGAAGUAAGAUGUGUCAGGAACUGUUCAUGUCACAACUGUAAUCAAAACUCGAUGGAGCGUGGUGAUAGUAAAAAUGUCCGAAAAAGCUUUUAAAGCAGAGAGAAAACUUGCGAUAUAAGUCUUAACUACCUGUUGAAAAAGUUCUCAUUCGGCGAGAGCGUUCGGGUCAAGCCUCCCGAAGAGUUGGUUCGAUUACGGCUUUCCGAAGAUAAAACUAGCUACAAGUCACAUCUACGUGUUUCCAACUUUUUCGGCAGGAAGCGGAAAAUUUUAUUACACCCCCGAGGAGUUUUUAUAUGCUAAUUUCUUUCAUUUCUAACAAUAACGUUUGCUCAGCUUAUUACGCAAAAUUGUGUAUAGUUAUCCUCUGCUUGCUUAACUCAGUAAAAUUAAUGACAUUUCUGUCAGAUUUAUUUAGACAAACACGAAAUUGUAGGUGACACUUUAUCGACUCUUUCACGUGGUAACGUGACGCAAAACGCAACAUGCAGAUAAAUAGGGCGAUAAAUACCAUUUAAUUGAUGCAAGUCUCUUCAAAUGAUUUGAAUCAAAGCGCAUCCAACGUGUAAUCAAUUGUUUGACUUAACUGAAAUAGUAAAAGGAAAUAGGGUUUCUCAUUCAUCAUGUCGCAGAACCGAAGGACGACAAAGAAAAUCGAGUUCAACAAGCGGGUUCGUGACAUUGUAUCGCGUGAUAGCAACCGGCUUAGGAAAACGUUUGAAAAGUUUGACAAAGAGUAUGCUAGUCGCUUGGCUGAGAUCCAGAACAUGCAAGAGAAAGUUCGCCACUCUAUGAGAAAUUUGGCACAAGAAAGGAUGCAAAUACGCCCUAAUUCUGAUAUAGCUAAUUUCCAUCGUAGUGCAAGGAGAGAAGACGAAACAGAAGGAGCAAAAUCAGUGCAUGACGACCGCCGUAAAGGAAGUAAAAUGAUGUUCGACAACAAAUUGCAACAAAGCGUGGAGGAACGGAUGAAGAGCAAUUCCAAAGCGUCAUUGCCAGGGAUCCAGAAUACUCGUUCCGAACAUCUAGAAGUUCCAAAUCGUUCACCAACCAGAACCCGGCGUUACUCGUUACCACAUCCUCCAACGUUUCUACCUGGAAGCCCGAAAGAGAGCCGAGCGUUUCCGAUCCAUGCUUCGCUGGCGAGGUCAGGUAUUUCAUCGUCUUUGCCAAGAGAGGCUUUUGUGAAAAAUAUUUCUCCUCAAGAUGCUUUGCGAAGAAAACAACUUCAAAGUUCAGAAAUCGCAUGGCAACGAAGGACCGACAGACUUUCAGUUCAUGAUCUGCCAACUUCUUCGUCAAGCUCCGAUUCCCUGAAUAGUGCCAAAGCAAAGCUAAGUCCUCAGCUUAGUCGUAAAGUUCAUAAAGCCGACAUUAUUCACAAUGAGAAGGACAUCAAUAGUAAGCCUGACGAAGACAAGAAAUCAGAGCAUGCAAAAUUUGCUGAAGAUUCAAGUGGAAGCGAUACCCUUAUGAAAGAUAUUGAAAGAGAGCCAAAGAGUGUUAUCGAUCACAAUAAUACGAGGCCUAAAGUUCUUCUUACUAGAACACGAAGUUCGUCUCUUCCCUGUGACCCAAGUCAGUUGGAAGACAUAAAACCCAAAGAAAGCCUAAACUCUGGCGUAUCCGGAUUUAUCAGGUCAAAGGAUCAUGUCGCUAGUGGCAAACGAGUGUCUUCACUGGCAGUGCCAGUUGCUACUGACCAGAACGAAAACGAAUCAGUGUCAAAACCAUUUGAAGAGCUUCGUCUCUGUAGAUACUUAAGAAGUAGUGACGUAGAGGACUAACUUUGCAGGGCUAGGCUGAUGUUUAGAGUGAUGCUGAUAUCAGACGAAAUUGAGAAGGUCACAUUGAAUAUUUACUUUCUAUCUAACAAUACAUGUGCUCUCCAUUAGCUUCCCUUAAGUCAUUCCUGGUAUUCGGUAUGCUUUAAUGGGUUACGAUUAUUUGUUUUUCAUAUAGUGAUUUUCAAUAGACUCGUCUUGAUUGAGUUUAACACUUUUUUGUGUGUACAAAUGUGGGUAACCUCGACAUCUAAAUAAACGAACUUAACUGCGUUGUAUUUUUAAAGUUUUAAAUAACAUUAAAUUGGCCCUAAGUGAGGUUCAGUAUCAAAUAUGUCUUAUUUCAUACCAGUGUUUACACUAGAAGACGUCGAAAAGUCGAUUACUCGAUGCUAUUCACUGAUCCUAGACAGAAGGUUGCUUUGAGUGAAUGAUCAGGUGAUCAUUCCAUCAACUUAGCAACAUUUUUUCCCAUUUAAAAUCAGUUCAAUUCUUUUUCAUAGGGAAAGCAAAGGAAGUCACUUUUGAAAUGCUACCUGGCAAAAUAAUAUUGUUUAAAAAGGCGUAUUGGAGCGUAAAAUCACGUGAAUCACAAAUCAAUGAGAGCAAAUACGUAUCUGAAAUCACUAUAGAAACUUAGUUCACGUUACCGCACACAGGAAUACCAUAUUUCAAUUGAUGGCAUGGCCUGUUAUAAGGGAAGCUUUAACUUUGACAAAUUCUACACUGACCCACCAGUAUCAGCUGUGUGUCGUACAAAGUGUAAUUAAUUGAUCGAUGAAAAGGUAUCACUCAUUGUUCAGCGAGCUGUUGUAGUUUUAAUAUACGUUUAUUAUCAGUACAACUGUAAUUAAGGCGGCAAUCCAAAAUAAAGCAAGCCGAUGAUUACAUUCGGUUACCUCAAUUAUCUUA